UAUCAGUAUCCACAAGAAUACCAGAAUCUUAAUUAAUGUUCACGCUAACAGAAGAGCGAACCCAAUUCCAACGACUUUUGCUUCUCCACUCCCUCCAAAAUUCCAAAACCCAAUCCCAUCAAAACUCAGCUCACGAACCCUCUCCGUCUCACUCUAUAUAUAACCCGUUACCGUUCUCCGUUGAAUCCGUCUUAUAGUCAAACCACAAUGGAGGAAGUGAGUUCGUAUGAAAAGGCAUUGGAUGUCUUGUCCUCUUUUAUUACGCUGCGUAGUCCGGCUGAUAAGGGCAGCAAGUGUUCUCGCUUCGAGUUCGUCUUCGAUUAUAUUAAGAUUCUGGACUUGGAGGAGCCAAUUUCAAAGAUGAAGAUUAUCCACGUAGCUGGCACCAAAGGGAAGGGAUCCACAUGCACUUUUGUAGAAUCAAUAUUGCGUAAUUGCGGCCUCCGCACUGGACUUUUCACGUCUCCACACCUCAUUGAUGUCCGAGAAAGGUUUCGUAUAGAUGGUGUAGACAUCUGUGAAGAGAAAUUUUCAGCACAUUUCUGGUGGUGUUAUGAUAUACUAAAGGAAAAUACAAAUGAGGAUUUACCGAUGCCCUUUUUGUUCUGCUUCUUUACCUUACUUGCACUCAAGAUUUUUACAGCAGAGCAGGUAGAUGUUGUUAUCUUGGAGGUUGGGAUAGGUGGAAGGUUAGAUUCAACAAAUUUGGUUCAGGCACCUAUUGUGUGUGGUAUAUGUUCCCUUGGGUAUGAUCAUGUGGAGAUUCUUGGACAUACUCUGAGACAAAUUGCUGGGGAGAAGGCUGGCAUCUUCAAGCAUGGGGUUCCAGCUUUUACUGUGUCUCAACCUGAUGAAGCAAUGAGUGUUCUUCAAGAAAAGGCUUCUCAAUUGGGUGUACAUCUUGAAGUGGCUCCACCAUUGGAUGCUAACUUGCUGAAUGGUCUAAAACUUGGGCUUGAAGGAGGGCAUCAGUAUCAAAAUGCAGGCCUUGCUGUUGCACUAUGCUAUACUUGGCUUCAUAGGACUGGCCAUCUUGAAAUCACUAACCUGGAACAAACUAGCUCUUUGCCAGAGUCGUUCAUCAAAGGUCUAACAACAGCCAAUUUGCAAGGGCGGGCUCAGAUAGUCCCUGAUCAACAUAUUGACAUUGAGAGCCCUGGAGAUCUAGUGUUCUACUUGGAUGGGGCCCAUACUUCUGAAAGCAUGGAAAUAUGUGCAAGAUGGUUUUCUAUUGCCAUUAAAGAAGACAGCCAGCCACAGGAUAAUUUUAGAGCUUCACAUGAACUGGUACAGAUGCCCCCUGAUGAAAGAUCCAGAAAGAACUCUAUACAAAUACUAUUGUUUAAUUGUAUGUCAGUGCGAGAUCCUCAGCUGCUUCUUCUGCACCUAAUAAAAACAUGUGCCAGUCAUGGUGUCCAUUUCAAGAAGGCACUCUUUGUACCAAAUAUGACGGCAUUUUUCAAGUUUGGUUCCCAUGCUUUGCCACCCACUGAUUCUCAAGUUGAUUUAUCAUGGCAGUUCACUCUUCAAAGAGAAUGGGAGAGCCUCACGCAGGGUAACAAAGUAGGAGGUGAUGCCAAAAGCACAGAUGGUGUUUGUGAAGAAGUAAAAGAUGAUUCAGAACUGAGCACUAAAAGUUGUGAGAAUAGUAUGGUGUUUUCUUCUCUCCCUUUAGCUAUCAAAUGGCUUAGGGACAGUGUAAAACAAAAUCAAUCUAUUUGUUUUCAGGUCCUUGUAACUGGUUCUUUACAUCUUAUGGGCGACAUGUUGAAAUUCGUAAAGAAGUGAGGUGCAGGGCCUCUUGAAGUCCCAUAUAUAUAUAUAUAUAUAUAUUGUGGUCAAUUGAAGCCUAUGGUUGUACUCACUCCAAAGGAAAAAAAAAUUAGUGGAAGAGUUGAGUCAUCUUAACUUUCUAGUGAGUUCUCUCUGAUAUUUAGUGAUCAUUGAUGUGUCAUUGGUCAAUGGUCAUGGCUGCUUGCAAUAUUGUUAAAACUGCUAAUUAUUAAUGUCGGUGUUCUUUGGGCAUGAGAGAUAAGCCCUAUGUCU